AUGUAUCCGGAGACUUUUGAAGGAUUCGCUGUGACCGAUACUUCGAAGUGGUCUACAGUGUCCAAGAUUGAAUUCAAGCCUAAGCCGUUUGAGGACUACGAUGUCGACGUUCGAAUUCUUGCAUGCGGAGUCUGCGGAUCCGAUGUCCACACAGUCAAGGGAGGCUGGAGCCAGCCUAUGCUGCCAGUCAUUCCCGGUCAUGAAAUUAUUGGUGAAGUUAUUAAGGUGGGAGAUAAGGUCAGCACCGUCAAGGUUGGUGAUCGGGUCGGUGUGGGUGCUCAGAUAUAUUCCUGCCUAGAUUGCGAGACGUGUAAGGAAGAUCACGAGAACUACUGCCCAAAGAGGGUCGGUACUUACAACUCGCUAUACGCUGAUGGUACUGUGACCUAUGGUGGCUACUCGUCGCAUAUUCGUGCCCAUGAGUACUUUGUUUUCCCAAUUCCUGAUGGUCUCAAAACGGAAGACGCAGCACCUAUGCUUUGCGCGGGCAUCACCACGUAUGCUCCUCUGGUUGAAAAUGGUUGCGGUCCUGGAAAAAAGGUCGGAAUCGUUGGAAUUGGUGGGCUGGGUCAUUUCGCCAUUAUGUUUGCAAAGGCCCUAGGAGCCGAGGUGUACACAUUCUCAAGGACCAGUAAGAAAGCAGAGGAUGCCAAAAAGCUAGGAAGCGAUCAUUAUAUUGCAACCUAUGAGGAAAAGGACUGGGCACAGAAGUAUGCGAAAAAACUUGAUCUGAUUGUUUCUUGCGGCAAUUCGGCUCAGAACUUUGAUCUGGCUGGGUAUCUAUCUUGUCUGAAAGUUCAUGGAAAAAUGAUUUCUGUUGGACUGCCUGAGGAACCAUUCACUGUCAGUGCUAUGCCAUUCAUGAGAGGAGGAGUCUUUUUCGGCUCAUCUCAUCUGGGAAACAGACCGCAGAUGUUGGACAUGCUGAAGCUUGCGGCUGAAAAGAACCUUGUUGCCUGGACGGAACGUCUACCAGUUUCAGAGAGUGGCAUCAAGGAAGCUCUUGAGAGAUGCCACUCAGGAGACGUUAGAUACAGAUUUGUUUUGACUGACUAUGACAAGUUCCACGCUUGA